AAUUUUUCGUUAUAAAGAGUCGUUCAAAAGAUUCGGAUCGUUCGUGGACUUCAUAUCUCCAGGUUUAAGUUCGCGGCUCUGCUUAAAGACCAACGACAUCAUGCCGGUCACUGUCAGGAAAGUCAUUUUUAUUCACUUCGCCGUUACAAUAGGCGCCUGCUGUUGCGCACAGAUCAACGUGAGCCCGGAGGACAGCCCGGACAUCCCGGCGAUCGCCAAAUAUUUCUGCACCAAAGGGAGGUAUGAAGAAGUUAACCCUCAUCUCGUAAAGGACGUCCUCGCCGUCAACAGGUCGACGCUGCAGCCUCCGUCCGCGAGCUGCCGCGAGCUCCACCUGACAGCCAUCGUCCGGCACGGCACGAGGUACCCGACCGGCAAGAACGUCAAGAAGAUGCGAAAGUUUAGCGAUCUGGUCCGGAGCGAGGCCCGAGGCGAGCAGGGCUGGCUGCGGGAGCUCCGGAGCCGGUGGAGGAUGUGGUACACGGAGGACAUGGACGGAAGGCUCGUCCGGAAGGGGGUGGAGGACCUGAAACACCUGGCCGUCAGGCUGUCCAAGCUGUUCCCGUCKGUGAUCUCAGAGGAGAAGCUUCGCGCCGGGCUCAUCAGGUUCAUCACCAGCUCCAAGCACAGAUGCGUCAACAGCACGCUGUCCUUUAAAGCAGGACUCACACAGCUGUGGGGCGUUGAAGAUGUGGAGUUUGACCACGAGGUGAACGAUGCCCUCAUGAGGUUCUUCGAUCAGUGCGCCAGGUUUGUGCAGGAGGUCGAAAACAACCCCUCGGCACUGACUGAGUUCAACGAGUUCCAGCAGGGGCCUGAGAUGACCCGGGUCCAGCAGAGGAUCGCAGAUCGCCUGGGAGUCCCUUACGCUCGCAUCACACCUGAUAUGGCAGAAGGUGCACUCUACUUGUGUGCGUACGAGUUUGCCAUAAAGACGGUGAACUCCCCGUGGUGUCAGCUUUUCGAUGAGGUCGACGCAAAGGUCAUGGAGUACCUAAUUGAUCUGAAGCAGUUCUGGAAAAGAAGCUAUGGCUAUGACAUAAACCGCAAAUCGAGCUGCAUCCUGUUCCACGACGUGUUCAGUCGUCUGGACAAGGCAGUYGCAGAAAGCAGGUCGGGUCAGCUCGUCACGGAGGCUGUGACAGUUCAGGUGGGCCAUGCCGAGACCCUCCUGCCCCUUCUCACCCUCCUGGGUUUCUUCAAGGACACCGUUCCGCUGAGGUCAUCCGACUUCGCCUCCCAGUCCCAGCGCUCUUUCCGCACCAGCUUCAUGUUGCCGUACGCCGCCAACUUGGUCCUGGUGCUGUACGACUGUGGCGGAGGCGACGUCAGGCUGCAGCCGCUGCUCAACGAGAAGCCCGUGACUUUCCCCGGUUUGACUGACCAGCAGUCCAUGCCGCUCUAUCAAGAUGUCAGAAAGCACUAUGAAGAACUGCUCAACGGCUGUGACUUUGAGACUGAGUGCCAGCUGUUCAAAAACCCACCUGAACUUUAGACAGAGAGUAUUGAUUUAGCAAAGGAAGGGCAAUUUGUUGUUUUUUUUAAUGGCACAUCUGAUUUUUUCAUGUAAAUCAAUACUUUACCACAGUUUGGCAUUACCUAAAAUCAGUUUUGAACUGCAAGAGUGUAUUUUCUACUCCUGUUGUCCUAUGGUUUAAAAAAAAUAGCUGAAAAGCACUUCUUAUUCUUUAAUAUGCAACAUAGAGCUUUUUUUUCCUUUGGCAUUUUAUAUAUUCAGUAUUAAACACCCGGGUGGGAGGGUUGUUUACCAUAACAGUAUUAAAUUGCCAAAGUCAAUUUUGCUGCAAGGUGCGUCAAAUUAGAUUAAUCUAAAGCUCGUUAGUUGAAUAUUUAUUGAUUUUGACCAGAUAGUUCAUUUUUUAUAUUUUAAUUUGAUUACAAAUGAGACUUGUGUUUUCAAGUUCUGUUUUUAUUGGGAUUUACUGCUUUUAUGAUACAAAGUGAAGAGUCUACAGCUCAAGACUGAAUGGCAAAUUUUCUCAUGUGAAGGUUUUGUUGAUUUGCAUUGAUCAUAUUUUACAUAGUAUAUUUACACAGCUGAAGGUUUUGCUAUGUAAUGGUAACAACUGCAGAUUUUAUGCAGAGAUAUGGUACUUUUUUGCAGGAUUGUAGUCUGUGUUUUUGACUUAAAUAAAAUGUCUUUUUUUUUUUUUUCUUUUUUGGAUGGAUUGGAUUGAUAUUUUUUGGACUUAAAUAAAAUGUCAAAACCGUUCAGACUAUUCAGUUUGAAGGUGCUCUGAUUGUUCCCUCACCCCAAGCUUUUUGUGUGUUUCUGCCAAACGUUGAAUGUUUCAGAAUAAAAGACCAAAAAAGGGGCAAUUAAAUA